GCAGAGGUAGUGUGAGAAACUAAGCUGAUGAAAUUGCAUGCGAGGGUUUCAUUUCCAUUUUUAGUCGAAAAUGUCGGCCGUCUGCGUGCUUCUUUUCACCAUUCUAGGAUCUUCUUUGGCUUAUAAUCUUCGUGAUUUUGGCUGCAAUGGGAGGCCCAAAAUCUUCAACGCUCUUCUGCAACUGAAAGGAGAUAUAUACAGUCCUGGUUAUGAAGAAGGUGCGAAUUAUCCAGAUGAUCUAUUUUGUGAAUACACCAUAACUGCCCCAUAUGGUUUUCGCAUUCGAAUCAAGUUCAUUGAUAUGGAUAUCGAAGCAUUCGAUCUCUGCGAUCGAGAUGCAAUUGCAAUUCAUGAAGGAGUAAAUGUCCUAAGUCCUGUACAUGGAAUUUUCUGUGGAAAUGCUACCUAUCCUGAUAUAAUAUCCAUGGGAAAUGCUUUACAUAUCGUAUUUCGGUCCGAUUUUAUGGUUGGCAAAAAGGGAUUCCAUCUGCAAUAUCAUGCUGCUGUCUCCCAUGGUUUCUGUGGUUUGGGCGAAAAGGUCUGCCGAAAUCGCAAAUGCUUCAAGCCCUCCCAAACCUGUGAUGGAAAUGAUGACUGUGGUGAUGGCACUGAUGAAGAAAAUUGUGGACAUCCACUUAUAUCGACGAGCUGCGGACUUCGGCCCAAUUCUUCCUCCUCUCCUUUUGGAACAGAUCGAGUGAUCGGAGGUCGAGAAGCAAAACCUGGAAGUUGGCCAUGGCAAGCAGAUCUUCAGUUGUCGUAUUAUCAUCCAAAUGGACAUAUGUGCGGAGGAACCCUACUAAAUGCUCAAUGGGUGGUCACAGCAGCUCACUGUUUCAUGCGAAAUCAAAUGCCUCAUGAGUGGAGAAUCCAUUUAGGAAAUCAUCACAAAUUUUAUCAGGAUCAGGAUGAACAAAUUCGUUUUGUGGAAAGAAUUAUUAUAUAUCCAGAACUGACUGGCAAUGAGCUAAUAGACUUCCAGUUAGAAGAUUUAACCCAUGACAUAGCCCUUAUAAAACUCAAUGCUCCUGUCAAAUUCACCGAUAAAGUGCGGCCUGCCUGUAUUCCAGAACAAAACUACCAACUCAAAACUAGUACCAAGUGCAUGGCAACAGGUUGGGGUACUACAAGAGGUACCGGGCAAUCUCACGUCUUAAAAGAAGUCGAUUUAUGGAUUGAAACAGCUCGCACUUGUGAAGGUGAAUUCGGACCCAUUAAUGAUAAAACUAUGAUAUGUGUCUCUAAUAGAGAAGGCCGACAGGAUGUUUGCCAUGGUGACAGCGGAGGUCCUCUAGUUUGUGAAUACAAUGGCAAAUGGCAUAUCAUGGGUGCUACUAGCCACGGUACGGCAGGCAACAUGGAAGGAGGACUUUGUGGCUUGUCUGGGUCUUAUACAGUGUACUCGAAAGUUUCGGACAAAGUGGAUUGGAUAAAUAAAAUGCUUAACAAGUACAGUUAAUAUAAACAAACUGACAAAAAGCUUAUGUACAGAAUUUAACUAUAAAAAUACAAAUAAAUAGAUUUUUCUUGAAUGAU